CUGAGCCUCCUCUGACUUCUAUUGCACUGAAGGAAUUAAAACUUUUUUGCCCUUUCUGCACACGUGUAAAUAGCACACCCUUUCUAUGUUUCACAGGUAGAUUUAACUGCGUUUUCUUUCAGGUUUGAAGGGGAACUGGUAGCUAGCAUAUUAUAUAUUGCUUUUUACUUUGCUUGUUUUGCGAUCUUAGAAGUGAGUUAUUUCCUCUGUUUCUCUUCCUCAUUAGUAAAAUAUGUAUUAUAAUUCUAUGCAUGUUUCAUAAAUGUGAGAUUUGACCAUAAUAAUGAGGAAAUUGGAGAAGGAAGGUUUGAUUGCACUGUCUCAGAAGGACAGAGGGUAACUUGCUGCAUUUGUCUUACAUUUAAGAUUGUUCUUGGAAUUCGUCCAUCAUCAUGGUUGAAAGUGAUUGAGCUGCUUACAGGGGAGAGCCAUAAUUUCAGUUGCUGGAAGCAGGAGGACUUAUUGAGAAAUGAUUGUCAUCACCCUAAUCUGACAGAUUUCCUGUAAGGAACAGUGACAGCAUUGUUGCAGUUAAAGCUGAGAGUGUACAUUAGCUAGAACAGAGGAACACUUUAUUUUACAUGAAUAAAACCCUGAAGGAGAGGAAUUUAAAAGCUAACAUGGUGGAAUAAAAGAUGGUCUGCAACUACAACUUGUUAUUAUUCUCAGCAUCCUUAAUUUUGCUGAAAUCUGAGGAGAAAUCAGAGUCUUUCCUGAGUCAUUUCUGCAGCAUUCUGUCAGAGAGAGAUGUUUGCAAAUGAUCUCCAAGGAGAAUGAGGAAUGUACACAAUUUACGCUUGCUUAUCAUGCCAGAUAUAGCUGAUGUAGCAAAUGGGCUAGACAAAGGGCAGGACAGCACAGCCCUCAAAAAGUGAGCCAAAGAGUAAAGUUCAAGAUUACUACAGUGUGUGAGGUCAUGAACUUGAUAUUUGAAACAGUACAAAUAUACAUAUGCUUAGUUAAGAGAAUAAUAAUAAGAGAAUAAUUAUAGAAAUGGAAUAAUGGUGGAUAGUUACCAGUUACACAGGCAACAGUUGCCAGUUAUACAGGCAACAAGUUUUAAAGAGAGAUAGAGAUAUUUUACAUUAAAUGGUUACCAUUAAAUGUUUUUAAUUUGUUCCCUAAAUCAAAUAAUCUUUAACUUUAUUUAAGGUUUUAUAGCAGGCUCUCCAGGCUAAUAAUAAACUGUGACAAGACAGUUGCACUGGGUAGGGAUGUCUCAGUGAUUCUGCUUUGGAUGGGUUAAAAUCUGCUGAUGGGUGGUCUGGGCUGGUAACAGCCUUGUAAGUGGCUCUGAGUGUCUGUGCCCUGCACCCUUCUGAUACCUCCUUUGAAAUGACUUCAUCAUUUCAGAACAGAAUCCUGGAUACAGGGAGAGACUCCUCCACAGUCCUGUUGUAUACUACAGGAAGUCCUUCAGCAUCCUUUGCAUAAAUGUAGCUCAUAUGGUGGUUUAGAUGUGUUUGGGAUUUUCUUUAAUGCGUUAGUGCAGAUACUCUAGAGAAGUUUUUAGCUAAAAAUGCUAACUCUUAACUUUUCUCAUUAAGGUGCCAUGAGUUACUUUCCUUAUGUAUUUUUCAUUCUGGAAAAUGCUGCAUAUGCGCCCAUUGUGUACAUGUAUAUCUAAUUUGUCAUUCUUUUUAGGUGUAGAAGAGAAAGCCUUGCAAUAUCAAAAAUUCCUUAGAAAUCUGAAAAUAUUUAUAAUACUAAAGGAGAUGAUAUACAAUUUGUAUCCAUCUGGACAAAGUUCAGGAGAAGUUCUUGAAUAUCAGAAGCUCCUGGAAGUGAAAAUAACUGAUUAUGUUGCAUGCCAAAUCUUAGAGUUAUUAAAACAAAUAUACUGAUGCUAGGUUCUGCUUUUUCUCUGUGCAGUGUAAAAGCAGUGCUAAGUAUCAUAACAUUUCAGUAUAUUUGGAGGCAAGACACAGUAUCUUCUGGGAAUUACAGUAUUGGAACUGGCUCUGUGCUUUAUUCAAAGAACCUGUAACUGAGUGGACCCUACUGACCUCUGAACCACAAAGUAUAAGAGUGAAAAGAAGUGGGAGAAGCACACAAAGAAAAAGGAAGUGAAUGCACUUUCAUCUGGACUUCUUUCCUGCCCUUUAUUAUUAAAGCUGGAUGGAAAAGAAAGACUGCUGUGCCUUUCCUCCCCCAACCUCAGGGAUGGGUGGAUUAUAAAUACUGUGUGUGUGGCUGGGCAAAUAGACUGAACCAUGAAUCUUCAGGCUCAGCAAAAGUCUUCAAGCAAACGGACUGGGAAACGAGUUGCCUAUUUUAAUGAGCAGGACAUAGCUGUGCCAUCAAAAGAACCACAGCAGCAGCUUAAGGAAGGACAGUACUAUGGCCAUGGAGGGAAUAUACCAGUCUCCCAAACUAUGGAGAUUUCUCAUCCAGGAGGAUUAACAAGUGCACCCAACAACGUUGCUCUGAUGAACUCUGUUUACAAUCAAGAUAGGGGAGAAUCAGUGAUGAUGCCCCAGUCAGUAACAGCUGUCAAAUGGCAGAAUUCACUGAUGGGAAACCGGUUGCCAGAGAGGGGUGACAGCCACUGGCAGUCUCCUACUUCAAUGUGGAACCACGGUAUGGUUUUUGGGGGCAACCCAAAAGGACCCCACUCCAAUGCUGGUGCCCCAGGCUUCUAUGGCCACCCAGAAGCCCUUAAAAGAAAUCAAGAGAAAGGAGUGUUUGUGUCACAGCUAGAUUUGUAUGGAGAUGCUGUCCAGCAGAUGAUGUCCCAGAAGGCUCAGCUGGAACAGCAAGCCCUGGUUAGACAACAAGCUCAAAUGAAUUCUUUUCAUCAAAUGCAGAAACAGCAGCAGCAGAAUCAAACUCUGCCAUUGCAGCCUUUCCAACUUGCAUUUGGUCACCAAGGCCAAAAGCAAGGUCUUCCUGAGUUGUUACAUGUCUUUCAAGAAGCCCCAACUUCUUCCACUCCAGCAUUUACUGCACAACAAAAGCAGCAAGCUCUUCCCCAGCUACAACUCUUUGAAAAUUUCUAUCCUCAGCAGCAGCAGCAGCAACAGGCUGCCACACAAGCCUUUGGUCUGCAGCAAACAACUUCUAUAGCACAGCCUCAUGUGGCAGCUGCAGCACCUCAGCAUCACAUGAUGCCACACCAGUUUCAGCAAGCAGAGAGGAACCAGGAGCUAUUCAAGGCAUUAACGGAGCAGAACCAACAGACUGUGCUACCUCAGACCCAGAUUCCCUUCCCAAGAAGAUCACGGAGACUCUCCAAAGAAGGUGGCCUGCUGACAUCUGCAGGAGAAGUGUUGACUUCUAAGCAGGCAGAAGAACAACCUAGCAAUUUAUUUCUUCAUCACUGGCAAACACAUCAGCAAGAAGUCCCAUUACAGCAGGCACCUGAGUCACUGGCCCACAAUAAAAGUAGCUAUUUGCAUCCCAAAAGAUUGGAUCUGGGGCAGAAGGAUGUCCUGGUCAAUAGUGAGCAGUGCCAGAUGGAAACAGACAGACAAGCUGCAGCCCAGAAUGGUAGAGAUGAGGACAAACAGGCAGCAGCACCUGAAGAAAACACUCAGAGAACUAAUGAUUUUCAGAGUGUCAGAGGUGGUGUAAUCCAGAGUACCCGGCGGAGGCGACGUGUUUCUCAAGAAGCCAAUUUGCUGACUUUGGCCCAAAAAGCUGUCGAGCUGGCUUCUCUUCAGAAUGUAAAGGAACUGGAUAAUUCAGAGGAGAAGAAGAGUGUGCUGGUAACAGCUCCAGGACCUACUGCAGCUUCAAAAAGUGUUGUGGAAUUCGCCAGUUCUUCCCCAGCUCCCAAAAAAGCCCGGGAGGAUAACAACCUUGUGCCUCUUAUCAUUCCUGUGUCCGUGCCAGUGAGAAAAAUUGACUUGCAGAGCCUUGAAAAAGAAAAGUCUGAGGAUGGAAAGCUCCAGAGAGGCCAAACAAACGAUCGAGCUCCUUGUGAACGGAAGCCUUCUGUGAUAGUCACUCGCAGGCGAUCCAAUCGUAGUACCAACGUGGAGACCUCGAGUCAGCAUGAAGAUGCUGUUCCAAAGGAUGAAGCUGAGGGCUUUGCCCGAAAACCAAAGCAGCGGCCAAGACCCGAGCCACUCUUCAUACCACCAAAAGCUGGCACCUUCAUUGCACCACCUGUUUAUUCCAACAUUACUCCAUAUCAGAGCCACUUACGGUCACCCGUCCGUCUGGCAGACCACCCUUCAGAUAGGAACUUUGAGCUACCUCCUUACACUCCUCCACCCAUCCUUAGUCCAGUGAGAGAAGGAUCUGGGCUGUAUUUUAACGCUAUCCUCUCUUCAACUGGUCAUUCAGUUCCACCUCCAAUGACUCCCAAAAGUGGUCACAGAACUCUGCUUAGAUCAAAUAGUUCAGAAGUUACCCCUCCAAUUCUUACGGUAGUGGGGGAAGCCACCCCGGUCAGCAUUGAACCGCGAAUAAAUGUAGGAACUCGCUUUCAAGCAGAAAUCCCAUCACUCCAAGACAGAUCUCUGGCAGAAGCUGAUGAACAUAAAGCAGAGCUGGUGUGGCAACCGUGGGGUGAUUUGGAAACCAACAGAGUCACCCAAGAGAAUGUGGAAAACUUGCUAGCUGCUGCCUGUUCAAGCAUUUUUCCUGGGGCUGGAACCAACCAGGAGCUGGCGUUGCAUUUCUUACAUGAAGAAAAAGGAAGCAUUCUGGGAGCUCUGACCAAACUGCUGUUGAAGAAGCCAGUGCGACCACCUACCCACCCUUUGGCAGAUUACCACUACACAGGAUCAGACAAGUGGAAGGUUGCCGAAAAAAAGCUAUUCAACAAAGGCAUUGCAAUCUACAAGAAAGACUUUUUCUUGGUCCAAAAGCUUAUAAAAACCAAAACAGUUGCUCAGUGUGUGGAAUUCUACUACACAUACAAGAAACAGGUGAAAAUUGGUCGGAAUGGGACCUUAAUCUUUGGGGACAUUGAUGGUGCUAAUGAGAGAUCUAUGAAAGAUGAAGCUGAAGUUGACAUCAAGAGUUCCCAUAGGUUUGCACGUGUUCUUCCUCUCAGAAGGGACAUCUUCAGUGAGGAACAGGGGCAUGUGGAGGAGGAAGAGGAAGAGGAGGAAGAAGAGGAGGCAGAGGAAGGGUUGGAUAACAGAAAGAGGAGUGCUGAUGCUCUGAAAGAUGAACAGACACUACAGGAUGGUGUAAUAGCCAGCAACACCAAUAUGAGGAAUCACGAGGCAACUGUCAUGGGCAGAAUUGGGAGGAAGCCAAGGGAGACAACAGUGAAGCCUCGAAAGCCCAUUACUGCUCCAGUGCAGAGGAAGAAGAGGAAACAGAAGAUAAAAUCAGAUGCUACCAGUAAAACACAAAAUACAGAAAACACAUUUCCAUGUAAAAAAUGUGGCAGGGUGUUCUACAAGGUGAAGAGCCGCAGUGCUCACAUGAAGAGCCAUGCGGAGCAGGAGAAGAAGGCGGCGGCGCUGAGGCAGCAGGAGAAGGAGGCGGCGGCGGCUGCUGCCCGCAGCCAGGCCCAGCGGGAAGAGAGCACUGACACUGGGAGCAGCAGCAGCAGCGGGAGCAGCAGCGCCAGCUCGGAUGAAGAUGGAGAAAUAUAGCAGCAGACCAGACGUGGAGGGAGUAGCAAGGCUGGACCCAACCUCCCUCUUGGUGGUCGCACUAUUUUUUGCUUGCACUUUUCUUACCUGAACCAUCAGGUUUUGGUUUCAGUGCUGCCAUUUCCUCAUGCCACAUGUUCCACUUCAUCUUGCCAGUACUGACCAAGCCAGAAUGGUGGAUAACAAGAUUUGUUUCAACUUGGAUUUUUUUUUUUUUAAGACUAAUAAGAUUUCUAUUCUAUUUAUAAUUAUAUCUGAGGUACAUAAUAGAACAAUGUCACCUGCAGUGGAAGUAAGUUCUCUCAGGUCAGUCAGACCUUUCUUUUUGUUCUUGUCAGGAAUCGUGGUAGUGAGAUGCUUGGAUAUAAAAGUUUCCAGACUGGAGCAAGAGAAUGAAGCUCUACUCUGAGCUAAGCGUAUCCAGUUACUGUGACACUGGUGAUUUCUAGUUGUUUCCUUUCUCAGCAAGUUCUUCUUCCUUUUAUGCUUUCCUGCCUUUCUUUCUGAGCAGUUAUUCAGGCAGCCAACAAGUUUUGUGGAAAGAUGGUGUGCACUUUUGACCUGUUUCACAAAAAUGAAAAGUGGAAUGAGCAAGACACUUUUCUUCCUUUUGAGAGGAAGUGUUAGUUUUCAAACAGAAGCCUGAAGUCAGUUAUCUUAUGGCAUUAAGAAUGUAGCAAUGGAUAUAAAAGUAUUCUGUGGGAUUAAGUGUAGCCACAGGCCUUGCAGGUUGUCUCAUCUUGUAAACAGAAUAGUCAGCCUUUGACUAACUUAAAGGAGUCUGGGCUUCACAAGUGCAAUUUGAAAUGAAAACUGGUGGGUUUGAAUUUACAUAAAUGGGAGCAAGUUUGUUUAGUGAAAAUGAACCCAGAUCUUGUGUGCUGGAUUGUGUGCACCUCAGAAAUGAGAGGAAUGGACUCUCAUCUCCAGCAGUGAUCCCUCUGCGAAUGUUUUUACCUCUCAAUAUCCUCUUGUCUUGUAGCAGCCCUCAUUUCCUCCUUGAAAUGGCCAUCAUCAAGUUUUUAUGGCAAGGCCCUGGUUUCCCUGACAGUUGCUGUCAGGCAGCAUGUACAGGAGAAGCUUGUCACCUGUCUGCACACCAGUGGCUGGGCAGUGCUGCCUGCUGGGUUGUCCUGCUGUGAGCUGUGCUCUUUGCUGAAAGGCUGACUCUUCCUUCAGAACUGACACAAGCUAGUAGCCCAGAAAGUCUAGCCACCAAAAGCUGCUGGUAAGAGAGAGUUAAGAAGAAGUGGCCCAGGUGGCAGAUGUUAGAUUUGCACAGGAUUGUUCUGUACAUCUUUAUAGCCCACGUCGAUCAUUAUUUUGUGAGGAUGCAGAGAUUCACUUGUGCUUCAUGGCCAGCUGGUGCCAUCCUGUAGCCUGGCUGCCCAGCUCCCUCCUCCAUCCAGUCCUUAGGAGCAGCAGUGACCCAUCCCCAGCUUCUCAAAUGCUGGCAAUGUGUCAGACCAGACUGUACUGAGGGAGCUGAUUGCUCCUGCCUUCCCCAGCAGGGAUCCAAGAGAUGUUGUUGCAUGUGAGCUACAGAGUGUGCCUGACUGGCAAUUUUUUUUUUAAAUCUUGACCCUUCCAGCUGCUAGAUAAAUUCCUGGUUAACUAUAGAAAGAGGCUAUAACUCCAGCAUGUCAUUUGUCAGUCUUCUUGCCCUGUAGUUUUAUGCAACCAUGAUGGCUUCACUCUUUUGUUUGGGAGGCUGUGUACUGUAUCAUGUUUGCUUUGAUGUAUCUAUGCUUUUGCAUAGAAUUGUUUUUCUGAAUAGCAGAAACAGUUACUACUCCCAACAAAAUCAGUAGGAACAUCAUUAAAGAUUGCACUCUUUGCAAAGUUGACACUUUGACCUGUAAGUGUUCAAUUUUCUGUCAAGAUUAUAUUUUUCAUUCCUGUCAAAAUUGGGGUUCCCUUCAGCAUUUGGAUGAUUGUUCCAUGUUCCUACAUUGAAUGGAUCUUGUUUACUAACCAAGAAGCAAUGAACUGUUAAAAUCAUUCAAAAACUGCAAAAAACUAAAAGCUGCUCCUUUAAAAAGGAGCUUAAGCAAAUCAGUCUUCCUCUUAAGGAUUUCAGUGUUGAUUUUUGUCUUUUUUAUUUAUGAAUUGGAGGAAAUGCAUGUCUGCCGUUAUCUUAGGGCCCUUGGAGAGAACAGAAGCUUUAGCACACUAUGUCAGGAGGAACAGUAGGUGAAGCAACUGCAAGCAUUAUUAGUCUUCCAAAGGCCAGAUCUUUCACUGAUUCUCCCUGUCUUAGGAAACUGAUACAAUUUUCCUUCUUGUCAAGGACAAAAUCAGCAUUGGGGUGCUGAUUAGAACAAAUCAGAGAUUUUCUACACUUGCAUAAAAAUAUUGUGUAUAUUUUGUGCUGAUUCCAGUACUGGUUGUUUCUCUCCCACCCUGCUGCAGUAUAAGUAGAACAGAACAGGAAAACUGGACACAGUCUGUCUCUGCAAGAAAAUCAGAAGAGGGCUUUUCUGAGGAUAACCUCUAUAACAGCUGUGGGUUAGCAGCACUGACCACGAUCAGGUAAAUGUGCCAAGCAAGUGGCAUCAAGUUGGAAUAUUUCUGAGCAUACUUCCAAAUUGCUAGCAGCCACCAGGAGACUUCUUUUCUGGCAUGGUAGUAAGGAAAACAGCUCCUCCAAGUGUCAUCUUAAAAAGACAAACAAGCAAACCAAGCCUUCUACCCACUGGCUUACAGUAGGAGUUUGGAAUUGAUCCUGCAUUUGAAUUAGAACUUGCCUGCUGUUAAAAGUUGGCAGAGAAUUGUUUUUUAAAAAAAUAAGAAAACCAAAACCUAAACAACCAACCCUCAGUAUCUGUGGGCAAAGCAUUUAAGUGGAAAUUGUCUAAUCUGGAAUGAGUUAUGUUCCUACUCUUUGUGGGGAGAAAAUAAUUUGAGUGGCUCUUUACUGCAACAUAGCACAGUGUUAAUUUAAGUUUGUGUUAUCCCAGUAAGAUUUAAAAAAUCCCACCCAAAACAAAAUUAUUAUCAAUGUUAUGUUGAUAAGUCUGUUUUAAAACUCCAUUCUUAUUAUUUUCCAUCGUUUAAAGGCCUGUUGAUUGAUCCCCAUUUAAUGUAAGGGUUUGCUGCUAAUUUAGAAAGAAGAUAGUAGAAAGUCAUUAAUUUGAACAAGGUGUCUCUUUGCUUUAGGUCUUUUAUAUGGGAACAAAUAUAAUAUUUAUAGAAUGCAAUUCUGUGAAUGUGUACUAAUAGAUUUGCCAUUUACAGUGCAAGAUCAGGCUUCAGGUGGUCAUACACCCCAUAGUCAGAUUGCUGUAUUUCAGAUCAUUACCUGCUUGAGUCGUGAUGCCAGCCCUGGGCAUCACAGAGAUGCAGUGACAGGUCACAUUUGCCCUGAUCAUGUACUUCUGCCUGUGCUUCUGCCUGCCCUUUACAGAUAGAUUCAGUCUUUCAGGUUUGUGAUCUGCAUGGGAUAGCAUCUGAGUUUUCUAAGACUGUGUGUGUAUGUCAUUACUAGAUAGAUGCAUGCACUUGUGAUGCAUAUCUGAUAUAGCUGCAGGUGUUUUGCAGUCUAGCUGCAAGAACCACUCUGCAUUUUAAUUUAUUUGAUGUUUGUUCUUUUACUGAUACAGGUGAUAGUAUCAGAGAGAACUUGGUUCUGUAAGUUGAAGGUCUACAGAAUUUCACUCAGCUGUGCUGGACCAUGGCAUUUUGCUGGCUAGAAACAGGGAUGUAGCUGCUUAAAGGCAGGGCAAAGAUAGAAAUUCAAAAGCUUAAAGGUAACUCCUCUGUUAAACCCAUUGUAGACAAAGUCCAAAUUAACUAAAAAUACUCUCUGAUUUAUCAAACUGAGGCUUUUGGUCAUUUUUAUCAUCACAACAAGCUUAGAUUAAAAUCAACUCUUUUCAAAAAAGUGUUUCUUCAAUCACAAAUGUGAGCUUUCUCACUCUCAGCAGUUACACACUUCUUAAUUCUCUUUCAGGCAGCAGACUAGAAGGUUCCUACAGAUACAUGCUGUAUUUUAAAGAAAUGGGAGUAGGAAGGACUACAUCCAUAGGAGUCUUGUCUGCUUUCAUACAAUGCCACGUUUAGUCCAGUGCUUACCAGAAACCAAACCUUAUUCUAAUAUACAUUUUCCCACACAAACUUUCUCCCUGCUUUAUCUUCUGAUGUACGUCUGGGAGUUUAUAAAGCUUUAAAAAGACAGAGAAGCAAGUCUACAAAUCAUGUUUGAUUUCUGAGGGGGUGAGUUUCUAUGUAAAUUCGUCACUUGGGUUCAGCUGCUUUACUUUCCCUCCUUUUCUCCUGUGUCAUAUGUUAGGAAGACACAAACUUUGAAUCCCAAGCUGUCUAAGGAUCUUUCUUUCCAUGACUAAGAUUCCACUGACAGCUGAGCCUGAAAAAACCCUUAACUUCUCCAGAUUACAAGACAACAUAUAUUUUUAUAGAAAUGUAAUUGUGUAUUUUAAAAAAGUUUCCUGCAGCUUCUCCACAUGUAUUUUUCCCCUUGUAGUUCAGAUUUGAUAUAAACUUUUUUGUGUUCAUUCUUUUUAUGUUCUAUUUUUAAAUUUGUAGUCAAAGCUUUGGUGUACUGUGCAGGAGCAGUCAGCCUUUGUAAUUACUGUAUAAAUGCUUUAUAAUAAAGUAUAUUACUUUUAUUUUAACAAGUGAGCAGACACUUCCUUUUGUGUGUCUGCUGCCUAGGGCACCUUUUAAAAGACUGUUACAUGUUUAAAAUGUACAUAUAUAAAUAUAUUUACCUGUUGCUGUACAGUUGUGAUAGACUGGACUGAAUUUAUUUUUUGUGUGCUUUUUUAUAAAAUAUUAAUACACUAAAGGAAAUCUUGCAGAUGUGAUUGUAAUGUACUAUGUAACUUAUUUACUUAAUAUCCUCUAUAUAUCUAAAAAACCUUUUAUUAAAUGAGGUUUAAAAA